AUGCUAAAAAAUAAAAAAAUAUAAAAUAAAAAAUUGUUUAAAAAUAAGGGUGGUUAAAAUAUGAGACCUGACAUACCUGAAUGUCAUUAAAAGUACUACUAUAAUGUGUUAUUGGAACAUUAACACUAAACUGAUAAAUUAAUCAAGAUUGAAAUUGAUAGCAUUACAAAUAAUAAAAGUGUGGUCAAAACAUUACAUCAACUUAUUAUCGGAAGAGAAAGAUGUCUAAAAGAAAUAUCUAGAGCUAAAGAUGAAUAAUAAUUGUAUGAUCAUUUGAUAAAACACAAGAUGGAUAAGAAAUACAUUGAUAAUAUGAUAGAUCUUUAAGAAUAUUUUAAUAAAUAGAUAAAUGAUUAUAGAUCACUAAAUUUUCAUAAGUAAUCUUAUGAAAAUUCAAAUAUAGAUUACGCAGGUUCACCUGGUUUUUUAUGUAAAAAUCCUAUUAAUUUGUCUAUUUAUGCAAGUAAAGUCAUUUAUACUGCAGAGGAUUUGUAGUUUAAUUUAGUAUCAUAUUCAUAUAAGGAUUUGGAAGCAAUCUUAGAGAAUUGGUCUACAAAUAAUGUUUAAGAAUUAAAUGAAAGUUUUAAAUAUCCUAUAACUCAUAUAAAGGAUCUAUUAAUGUAUUGGUAAGAAGCUGCAAUUGUAAGAAUCAAUGAAAAUGGAUUAAUAAUAUGUUCAAUAGAUUAAGAUUAUUAAGGAAGAAGGUGGAUAUUACAUUAAAUUUAUCUUCAUAAGGAUCCAUAAUGGAAAUAGAAAUUUACUAUAAUAAUCCAACAUUUUAUCAAGAUGUUGAUAAAAUAAGGGGACAAUUUCAGAUCAUUGGCAAUUUGUUGUAGUAAUGAUUAAUCUAUCAAAAAAGUAUUGAUAGAUCUGAAAUUCAUAUUCUCAAAGAAUAUAGAUUAUAAUAAAUUUAAUGUGGUCAUUUACGAAUAAAAAUUUAAAAUGUUUAAUAACAUAUGAGUAGAUAUUAUUUCACUCCUGUAACUUUGAAAAUGUUUAGAAUUUAUGCAACAUAAACAUAAUCAACUUUAAUAACAAAUGAGGAAUUACUAAUUGCUAAAUAUUGUGCAAAUAUUGGAAAAAAUACUAUAAUCUAAUUUGAAAAUAAUAUAUUGGCUUUAUCUCCAUAUCUCAAAGUAAUAAAUAAAUUAAUCUAUUAGAAAUUAUAUGGUUUAUAGUACAUGUUAAUUUAGAAACCAAAUGAUAUUAAGAAUAAAUAUCAAAUUGAAUUUAGCACCCCAAUUUAGACUCCAGUAUAUUUUCAAUAAUUCAAUGUGAAACUCCAUUUUAAAUAUUUCAGUAGUGAGUUCUAUCGUAACAACACUUAACCAUAUCUUCGAAUUAUAGCUGUAAUUGAAAUUUAUUUAAUAUUUAGCAUCCAACUAUGAAUGAAUUUGAACCCUCUAUUCUUUAAUUAAGUUCUUUAGAAAUCUCUAAUAGUAUGAUUUAUUUGAUCUCCACAAUUGACCCAUUUAUUAAAAUGUAUUAAAUUACAGUAAAAUAAUAGAUUCCUUAGGAAGUCUAACAUAAUUAGAUAUCAAAAUCUAAUAUUCAAUCCUUUAUCAACUAAAUUUUUGAAAAAUUUGAUAAAAAAUAAGAAUGCCAACAUCAUGUCUGGCUACCUCAAUUUAAAUGUUGUGGAAAGUAAUUGAAAUUAAGUGAUACUAAUAUCUAGGGUUAUUUUCAAAAUGACACCUAUUUAUCUGUUAUGUAUCCCAGAAAUCCAUCAUUGCAUACUAAUCAAUACUUUAAUGAUAACGAUAAAAUAAUCUAACCUCCAUUUCUUUUCGGAAUUAUUCAAAGUGAUCUUGAAAAAAUAAAUAAACCAUUAUUUUCCAUUCUCAUAGACAAAGAACAUAUCAUUAAAUAUCUGAUAAACCAACUAAUAAUUUAUCUCACAUUACUUCACUUUAAUUAUAACCUAAAGAAUUUGAGUCUAUAUUUUAGAUUUGUUGAGAAAUGCUGCUUAAGAGAUUAAGAAAUCAUUUUGUCUGAUUUUGCUGUUUUUUUUAUCCAAAUUUAAAUAUUCCCUCCAAAGUUCUUUAUUUAAUCUUAACAUUGGUCAUGCACUUGUUUAUGUUGA